CUGGUCUUCCGUUUGGUCUCGAGAACGAGUUUCUUCAAACUGCCAUUAUUUUGUUGGCUUAUUUUCGGAUGCUUUUCUUGAUUUUCGCGGCUUUCCGCCAUCUUUUUGUUUUGUUUUAUUCUGUUGGAUUCCCAUCUCUUUUUCAAAACUGGCGAGUUUGUUGGAUUCGCUUAUUGUUCGGCCAACAGAUGUCGUGCAUGGCAUCGCUGAUGCUGAAAUGGAAUCAUCUUUCAGUAUCUCGGAAGAGAAAGACGCCACCGGAGAUGGGUUGUCGAGCGGAAAAAGAAAGUUAGAUCAAACCGACUUUGCCGAGAAUGAAUUAUCUGUUGCGGAGCCUACGGAUACGGUUAAAAUGGUUACGAUCCCAUCGAGCCCGUAUGUGCUGGAAGUAAAAGUUCAAGCAAAAAAAUAUUUUCCGUUCUCCAAGCGCUGCGCGAAGAUCCAGAACUUUCGACAGCUUCCCAAACUUGAUGGACAUUUUCACCAUGGUGGAUAUAUGUACCAGUUGGCCAAACGCGAUUUUAAGGAAGAAUUCGAACUACUUCCGCGUUGUGGUCAAAAGUCAGCAUCACAGAGCGAUGUCAGCGAUGAUAAGAUGGAGCGUCGUCUCAGUCGCAUUUACGCUCGCUAUAUGUCAGCAUUUGAGGCAUCUCGCUAUCUGGAAUUGUUCAGAUCGGAACUGGGAUCAGAAAUUGAUGUUGCGUGCGCUGCUGAUUUGGACUGGCGAAAUGGACACGCACAAACCGCCCAUUUGUCUCUGGGAGCCUUUGCCAGGUUCUUUGCCAGAGCGUUCGAGCGUGGCCACACAAGAUACCUGGAUCUAAAUCCAUUUGAAUCGUAUUUUUUGGCAGAUUGUGGUACACUGCAGUUGACCUUGUCACACUGUCCAAUGGGUGUGGAAGAUGUCCGUGCUUUCAUGGAGCACCGCGUUUAUAAUUUUGUUUCUCGUUAUGCCGUAUUUUCCGAACUCCAGCGCACCACUCGUUAUCAGUUUAAGCGCUACAGCGAACAGCAGCGAUUUUACAGUGGCCAGUGGAUACCGUUACAUCAAUACGGUGCGCAGUCUUCCAAACGUUUCUUCCAGCAGCAACCGGCACCCAGUGGAAAUAACUGUCAUGUUUUUGAUGACAUCGUCGCAGCACCGAAACCGGAUGAAGUUAUCAGCUGCAGCGGUUUUGCUCUGUCGAUGCGGAACGACACGGAAAAAGCCCGCAACUUGCUGCAGCUCCCACCUUUGCCUGAGAACAUGAAAACUGCGAGUGCGAACACCGCUUCUGUGGCUGGAAGUAGCAAAUAUAGUCCACUCAAGAGCAGCUUGCCUUUACCAAGUACUUCCAGCAAUUCUAUACCAAAACCCCACUUCCAUUCUAACAAAGGUAUGGCUGGACCUUUCCCGAAAGGCAUCGACAUGGCAUUUUAUGGUUGCGAGAAGAGCAUGACGCCCGUCCCACCGGCGUUUGAUGUGGCCAUUUCGGAUUAUCGCAACGAUUCGGUCUGUGUGUCGGCAUUGUUUGAUGCGAUGGAGAAAAAGAAAAAUCCCCGUUUGCCGGUUUUGAUGGAGCGAAUUGAAUGUGGCCAGCUGAGCGGGUACGCACUGAUUUUGACUCAGUUGCCAUCGGUCCAGUAUGCUGGGCACUAUGCGCCCUUUGUUGCUCCCAGCGCCGAAUUAUUUGAUAUUCAGUCCAGUAAAGUUGCGACCGUGGGCAAGAAGGAAUCAGUCGAUAUCCAAGGCCUGAAAAGUGGAAUUCAGGAGCUGCACGAAAAGGCGGAUCAGACGUCGGAUGACAAAGAAAACGCUGAUCCGCAGUGGAUUCCACCGUCCGUCAAACGUCGUAUGGAGCGUCAUAAUGUUUCAGCGGUAGCGGUUAUGUGACAGUUUUCUGUUGCGAUGAAUCUUAGCUGGGUGGCUUUAUAACUGUAGCUGACAGCUGUUCUUUUGUUUUUUUGAGUCUGUAUUAACAUAAAUUUUGGCCUUAGCCAAAUCCAGCAGAGUUCUUCCUCCUUUUACAGGUGUUUUUUCUUGCGAGUUUCUCGCUUCUGGCAUUUGUUGAUGAUAAUGGCCGUACGGAGAUCCGGAAAUGACCAUUAAUCAAAGUAUUCGUAGAAAUUUAAGGAUGUUCGCGGUACCGAGUUCAUAUGUUUACCGCCAAUACUGAUUUAUAAUAAUUACAGCAUCACUUUGGCAUCGCUUGACGCUGGCACAUUUGUGAUCACAAAUGUGUCACAAACUGCUGGUGGCGUAAUUUAUAGCGCGAAGCCAGUCCUGGAAGUAAAAAAUGAAAACUACUGCAUCUUUCAACGUGAUCGCAAUUUGUUCGAUCUUCGAGAUCGUAUUUAAGCUUUCAAAGCAGAGCAGUUUUUUUUUAUUCGCUCGUACAUUUGCGUAGUGUGGAAGUUGUUUUUUAUGCUAGCGGAUAAAAUGGAUCAUCCGAAAUUGUUAAUCACAUUAACAGUGGUUCUUUCUUCUCUUACCGCUAUAGCAUUUGGUGCUGAUAUUUCAGAUGCAGCAAAUGUUACACGCCCUUGUCCAUGCAACAAUACCGCUUGGUGCGAACGAAUACCGGCAUCCAAGCACAAAAAGGAAGUUUAUGGAUUUGCUGAUAGCACCGGGAUGAAUCCUAGUGUUUACAAACUGUACGAC